AUGGAGGGAUUCUUCGGGGUGCUUGCACCCGUUAAACAGUCACUUGCAAUGGCCAUGGAGGGUGACUAUCAGAAUCCUGGGAUUGAUAGCAGUUAUCAACAUGAGUUGAUGGAUAAUUAUCCCAAAAAUCUGGAAAACGAAAAUGACUAUUGUCUGCACUGUGGUGAGGGUUUCGAAGUCAACGAAAAGAUCGUCCAAGCUAGAAAUGAAAAGUUCCAUGUCGGGUGUUUUGUGUGCGCACAAUGCUUUCAGCCGUUCCCUGAUGGUGUCUACUAUAACUUCGAUGGUCGUAAGUAUUGUGAACACGAUUUCCACGUCCUUUUUGCCCCAUGCUGUGGCGGCUGUGGUUGUUUCAUCGUUGGACGCGUGAUAAAAGCCAUGAACAGCAGCUGGCAUCCAGCCUGCUUCUGUUGUAGUUUGUGCAAAAAGGGUCUGGCGGAUGAUGGAUUUGUAAAGCAUGCUGGACGGUAA